GAAGGGGGGGGGUGGUGGUUCCGGUCGGCCUUCGGCGGCUAACCGUGGCCCUCGGCGGCGGCGCUCAGUCAGCCGCCGCCGGCCACUCCACUGUCACGGCGACGGAAGGGAAGAAGAAGAGAAGAAGGAGAGAGGGAGAGGAAGAAAAGGGAGGAAAGAGAGGGAGACCGGGGCUGGAAGCCCAGCCCCCCGUUCACCCACCUCCGGCCGAACCCGUUUCGGCCGGAUUGACCCCGGUCGGCCACCGUCGGCCGGCCGGAUUUCACAGAACUUCUCCGAAACAGGGGAGAUGAAACAGAUCAACAACCUUCAUUCCUUCCCUUUUUAAAUCCAUAAAAAGUAGUAAAUAGGUGAUCUUUCUCACCUCCGGUCAUCGACGAGUGGAUACCUGGCGGCGGUGGCGGCUCCGGCGACGACUACGGCUCCGGCGAUCGUCUCAAGAAGAGGGAAGAAGAUGAAGGGAAAAACCCAAUUUUUUUUUUUGAGGGAUGGGCUCUCAGAGAAGAGAAAGAGGGGGAGAGAGAGGGAGAGAGGGAAGAGGGGGGUGGUGCGGUGAUUUCGCUGGCCGGCGUGGUCAUCGUGGUCACCCCCACGAUGACCCAACUGAAGUCGGCACCCCUUGCCGACUUCAGUAUGUUGGGCCCUAGGACGGGCCCAAUUCAGGUCUUCACAGAGUCACCGGUGGAGAGCUCUCAUUUGAUGAGCAACGUUUUGAUCCCAGAGCUCCUGUCCUUGGUUCACCAACGCCGUGGCUUCCUGCUCUACUGCCAAUUGCAUCGUCUUUUUCAACCUGGCCAAGAUCUUCCGUCCACUUCCGCCUCACCACUAGAUGGUGGCUGUUUCUUCCCCAAAUCCGUGCCACAACAGCACAAAGUUCAGGUCCACGCUAAACCGUCCCCUGUCUCUCUCUGUCUCAAGAUGCACAGAUCGCGGAGCGCCAAGCGAGUGCCGACGACGGCGUCGAGGAAGUCGUUGGUGGAGAUGGAUGAACUGCCGACUCUGGACCCCCAGUCGCACAUCGCCAAGAAGGAGGCGCUGCGCGCCAGGCUCGCCAAGAACGCCGUCCACAUCAUCCCCGUCGUCCUCGUCCUCUGCGCUGUCGUCCUCUGGUUCUUCUCCAAACCACCCACCGAAUCAAGAACAUGAUGAUUGAUGGGCACAGUAUCUGGACUGGCUUACCUGUGAAGAUUGAACUUUUAUGCAUCUUAGUAAAACUUAUGCAUCCAAGUAAAAGUGACUGGAGUGGCAGGGAAGAAACUGAAAGAGUUGAAGCACAGAUAAGCACAGCGACAACAUUAGCUCCUGUUUUGUUGCAUAUGUCUCUGAGUAUGGAACCAAUUUUGGAAAUUUAGAUUUUCUUUCUCUUACAGUUGCUUUCUGAUAUAAAUGUUGUGACGAGCAGAACAUUUAGCCUCGUAUUUUGCUUGGCUUCUUCUUAAUAUCUCGGUUUAUUUUUUAGAUUUAGAAAUGUUUAGGCCAUUUUCAUAUUCCAGCAGCAAAAGUUAUCAUUGGAUUACAAUGGGUAGCUCGUGGCUAUUUAAAAAUGGUUCUUUUUUUUCUUC